AGUGGGAGUAACGGAUAGAGUUUCGAUUGCAGUUUCAAAAAAAUUCAUAGCAUAGCAUUCAUUCAUUUUCUCUUGUUCUUAAACAAACCCAAAGUUUAUUUCUUUUAUCCCUGUUAGUUUUCAAGUUCCCUUUUUUGGGUUCUGUCUAUAAUCUAUAUUAAGCCCCGUUUGUCAGAAGUUGCAUUCUUAGAAUUUAGUUUAUAGUCAUUUCUCUCUCUCUAAAGCUCUAGAGAGAGAGAGAGAGAGAGAGAGAGAGAGAGUGCAUAGGGUGGCUUGAUGAUGAAUGGUGAUGGAAUGAUUGAUCUCUCGCCCUCUUUGUUUGACUUUUGAUUCAUGUUUCCAUCCAAUUUCCCCUUUCUUUCCUUUCAACUUCUUUCUCGUGUGUGUUUUCUGUUCUUUAUUUUUUGGUUCGUCCGUUCAAUUCAAGGCUUGUUCUUCUGAUUUUUCCCAAUUCUCAAACUUGCAACUAUUGAAAAUCUUUUUGAGUUAUUGGAUCGUCCAUGGAUGAAUUGUGGCAUCAAGUUUGUGUACAUUUUUAUUUUAUUGUACACUUCGAUUGAGCUGGAUUUGUGGUUUUUGCUUUGUGUGCUGAACAAUUAAGAUUUGUGUGUUGUAUGAUUAUGGGUUGUGCUAAUUCCAAGCAAAAGGGAUGUGAACAUUGUCAUUGUAACAACCCUUAUUCAUCUGUACCAAGAAGCUACUCAGUACAUGUGCAUCACCCACCUCAAAGCAAAGGAGAUAGUUACCAUGUUGUGGCACUGACAUCAACCACAUUAGGUUCUUUGGACCAGGUAUCCGACAACAACCAUGGCAAUGGUUUAAGGUUUUCCAAUGGCAAGGUCAUUGACAGUGACAAUUUCAGGACACAGAACAAGGAGGAUGAGGUGAAUGAGGGAAAGACAUGGUCUCAUAUGAUUGAUCAAAUGUUGCCAAAAGCUAUCUCCAAGACUCCAAUCAUAACACCACCCUGUGAGCCAGAGACUAUCAACACAUGGGAACUAAUGGAAGGACUUGAAGACACAAGCCCUUUUAGAUCACCAAAACAUUUCAAGAGCUUCUCUUUUGAUGUCAGUGUGAAUGGCCAUGUUGAUCAAACCAAGCCUCGGUUCAUGGAGAAUCACACUGAUUCAUCCAAACCCAUGUGGCCUAAGAUGACUGAGGAAGGAUCAAGAGAUGAUCAUCAAGUGUUUGUUUCUUCAUUUCAGAGAUCACUGCAAGAGAAGCAGAAGAGCAUGGCUAUAAAAAGGUUCUCUUUUGAUGAACAGAAAAUAAGUGGUGAUGUUGUCGUGGAUUUGAAGCCUGACCCAUGUGUGAAAGACAAGGUUGUGUUAUAUUUCACUAGCUUGCGUGGGGUGAGGAAGACUUAUGAGGAUUGUUGCCAUGUGAGGCUAAUUCUGAAAGGAUUGGGAGUGAGGGUUGAUGAGAGAGACGUGUCAAUGCAUUCAGGGUUCAAGGAGGAGCUCAAGGAGCUAUUGGGUCAUGGAUAUGGUAACGGAGCAUUGCCAAGGGUGUUUCUUGGAAGGACCUACAUUGGUGGAGCUGAGGACAUUCAGCAACUUCAUGAGGAGGGGAAACUUGAGAAAUUGCUUGAUUGUUGUGAAAAGAUUAAUAACAAUGAUGGAGUAGAUGGUCGAGUGUGUGAGGCAUGUGGAGAUGUAAGGUUUGUGCCUUGUGAAACCUGUUAUGGAAGUUGUAAAAUCUACUAUGAAGGCGACGAAGAACAAGAAGAUGUAGAAGAAUAUGGUGAGGUUGGUGAGUGUGGAUUCCAACGUUGCCCUGAUUGCAAUGAAAAUGGACUAAUUCGUUGUCCCUUGUGCUGCUACUAGCUUACUCUUUCAUGGUGACAUUUAAUUUAACACAGUGAUCAUAGGCCUGGUUGAGUUUAACCUACCCAGAACCAAUGAAACAAUAGACAAUGGUGAUGAUGUUUGUGCUCAAUGCAACUACCAUGCUUGUCAAUCUUUUUAGCUAACAAAUAUUGGCCUCAAUUGAAGACAAGAUCAAUAGCUGUUAGGACACAGAUUUUAUAUUGGAUUAAAAUUUAUUUCUUGGUAUCAGACGAAUAAAUCUUGCCCAUUUUGUUUAUUUGUUGAAUUUGUUGAGUAAUUUUAUUGAUUCUCAGCACUAUCAACUUCAUAUAUUUGUUUUGAAAUGAUCAAUGUAUACAGAACCGUAC